GAAGUGGGAGGUCUUGUUAAAUCUGUGAUGGCGUUCCUUUAGGGUUUUAGAGUGCUGUAGUGAUCGUAUUGACUGCGAUCAGGACACGAUUGAGACAUUAUUUUGGAUCGAUUAUGAUGGCGUUGUGAGGUUUUGUUGGAUUGGUUCCCGAAGAAUUUUGGAAACUGUGUAGAGUGGGCUUUAUUUUGGAUUUUCUGGUUUUCUGAGAUGUAUGCGGCGUUGAAAUUGCUGCGGCGGACGAGCUGUCGUGGGUUGGCUCCGUCGGUUGCACAUUUGGAGCAAUCGGCGUGGAUUGGGUUCAACAGAUUCUUCACAGUGAGGAGUAGUGGUGAUAGCAGCGAUGAGGAGCGCAGCACUUUGAAAAUUGGCACUCCCGAGCCAUCAGGGCCUGUGAGGGAUGCGGACUUGGAGGCUAGAGAUGCCAAAGCUCAAGCGGAGGCGAUGGGGCUGCUCAGGGCUGCCCUUGACGAGGCUAGUGAAGAGGAAGAGGAUUUUGCCGUCAGUGAGGAGGAUCAGAGGUCCCUCAGAGUAGGCGUUGUGGGGUCUCCUAACGCGGGCAAAUCUACUCUCACAAAUCACUUGGUAGGGUCGAAGGUAUCGGCUGUUUCAAGGAAAACAAAUACAACACACAAGGAGCAUAUGGGUAUACUCACUAAGGGUGAUAGCCAGCUGAUUUUCUUUGAUACACCAGGUUUGACGGUAGACGUGAGGGGACAUCCCUUGAGAACAGAUAACCGCAAUCGAGUGCGCAGUGCUUGGCAGACCGCUGAACUUUGUGAAGCUCUAAUUGUGCUUGUUGAUGCUCAUCGUCAAAUUGAAAGACCCGAUAAACGUGUGACUCGCUUAGUCGAGAAGCUUGGGAAUGAAGAGGUGUUAUCACAGAAGAAGAUAUUGUGUUUCAAUAAGGUAGAUUUGGUGCAUCCCAAACGAUUGCUGCUACCGUUGGCGGAGGAGUAUGGCAAUUAUCCAGCAUUCAACAGCACAUUCAUGAUCUCAGCCUUGACUGGAGAUGGUGUGGAUGCAUUACAGCAAUAUCUCCUAGAUCAGGCAGUGCCCAGACCCUGGGAAGAAGAGCCAGAAGCUAGACCGCAACGAUUAGCACGGGCAACAGCUCUGGAGAUUGUCAGACAACACAUCUUUGAUUGUUUGCACAAGGAGCUUCCAUAUAGAAUAGAGCAACGGCACCUCUCAUGGAGAGUGUUGAAAGAUGGGUCUAUUCGCAUCCACCAUCUUCUCCUUGUUGAAAAAGAAGGUCACCGAAAAAUUCUAGUAGGCAAGAACGGAGAUGUUAUCAGGCGGAUUGGAACGGUAGCUCGUAUGGAGCUGCAGAAAGUGUUAAACAACACUGUCCAUUUAAUAUUAGAUGUUAAAGUGUUGGAGCCAGGUCGCGAUUUUCACAGUUCGUUGGAGGUGGUGGGAGGAGAACCCUUGUUCCUAUAAACGAUAUGACACGCAUUUGCGCAAGACAUGGACUCCAUUAUAAUCACAACUCACGUCCUUGAUAUUGUAUUCCAUGAUUGAGGAGUUUUUCCAGCCUAGUCUCCUCUGUACAUUAGUGUGUGGUUGUACCUCAAGCGCAAUUCUGACCACCUUUUAGGUUAGAACCUUAUGUUAUUGCUUGGAAGUGGACAACUAUUUUGCCGAGGUCUUUCUGUUGGAGAGACAAGACGCUGGUAAAGCCCUGAACUAGUUAGGUCGGAGGAUGGUUCCACAACGAAUUGAGUCGAGGCAUGUUGCGUGUAGAUCCCAUGUGUUCGGGGUUUGGUGAGGUUUCGAACUCAUGCAUUGGGUGUACGCACGUCUUUCGAGCUAUCAAACCUGUUAACUUGGGUAAUGAAGUCAUUAGCCCUAGUGGAACUUGAAAUAGGUAUGUAAAACACCUAGGCCAAGGGUUUUUGCACUUUGGGGAAAAGUUAAGUUGAGUAUCAGUUCUCUGUAAAGGUUAGUUUUUUGCAAUGACAUUCCAGUAACGCACACAUGAUGUGUAGACAAUAUGCUAAAUGUUGACAUACAGUAGCCCGAGACCCUUUCAAGUGUUCAUCAUUGAGCUCAUGAUUUUCUCAUCUCCCAUAUGAUACUGGUUUGCCACUUAGUGGAUAACACAGAUGGAAUGAAAACGUAGUUCUUGGAAUCAUUAA